AUGGAUCGUUCAGAGUUCAACUGCUUGAAACGUUUCAUUUUAGCUCUUGCUUUGCUUAUUCUUCCUCGCAGUUGCCAUUUAUUAGUUGCUGCUGGAGACACCCUCUCUUUGGGUGCUUCUCUGAGGGAAAAGCAGACCAUAACUUCAAAGAAUGGCACUUUUGAAAUGGGAUUUUUCAGUCCCAAUGGAACCAAUAAAUGGUAUGUUGGCAUCUGGUAUGCCCAGAUCCCUGACAAGAACAUCGUUUGGGUGGCUAACAGGGAGACUCCCAUCAGAGAUAUGCCUGGCGUUUUUACGCUCUCUUCAACUGGUUAUCUCACACUCUCUGAUUUGCAAGGAAAAGUCAACUGGUCGAGCAAUAAUACUCGGCAAACACAGGCAUCCAGUGCUUCCAUACUCGAUACUGGAAAUUUUGUUCAUUUGGGUGCCCAAAACAUUUCUGAGAUUGUGUCGGAGACCUUUAUGCAUAUCCCACAGAUACUACGGGAGAAUGGACAGGUAGACACUUCUCCACUUUGCCAGGGGCUAAAUCGGAUCCUCUUUUUACGGAGGAAUUAG